CCGUUGACCAGAGCAGCAGCAGUAGCAGUAUGGCCGACCAGAGCAGGCAAAUAAAACUCGCUGCAGCUAAGAAAAAGCUGAAGGAGUUUCAGCAGAAGAGCUCUCCUACUAGUGUGGGAGUGGAAAAGGGAGGAGGAGGCGGAGGCGGUGGUGGUGGAGCAGGGGCCAAAAAGAAGAGGAAGGUGAAGGGACUGAACCAACAUGAUGCAUCUUCAACAGGCAGAAACUCUCCAGACAAUUUUGACAAUAUUCUGAAAGCACUUAGUCAAAGCAAUGGAGUAGUUCUACCUCCUAAUGGCAACAGUCAGACCUUUGCUGACAUGGAGUCCGUCGGGUCACCAGUCCCCCAGCUGCUGGAGGACCCGAAGGCAGAGCCUGACCGCGGCUCGCCUGUGCCUAACCCCGCUAGCGCUAACACUCCUACUAAUCCCGAGUCUGUCGGUCACAACACUGACCUGCAGGACUAUACCGACACCAAUGGCAAUGGGAGUUUAACUGAAGAAAAAAGACCACUGUCUUCCACAGAGAGCCUGCGACAGCUCUCACAGCAGCUGAACGGCCUGGUCUCUGGGUCAUCUGCUGCGUAUGUGAAUGGAGACAGUCCCCCUGCCAUGGGUGAGAGAGAGCUGGAGGGUCGGAACCAGGAGCUGUCAGCCGCCCUGGAGUCCAGCAACCUAACAAACUCUCAGCUAAAUACCAAGUUAGACCAGCUGGCACAGCAAUCUCAGGUGCUCUCUGAACAGCUGCAAAAGGAGCGGAAAGAAUUUGAUCAGAAAUCUUCGAAAGAGCAGGGAGCCAUGCGGGAGCAAUUACAGGUUCACAUCCAGACUAUUGGAAUACUGGUAUCUGAGAAAUCAGAGCUACAAACAGCACUACAAUACACACAACAUGCUGCGCGGCAGAAAGCAGCUGAGGCAGAGGACUUGAAUAACCGUCUGCAGGGAACGAAGCAGAGAGUAUCCGAGCUGGAGAGAACUCUCUCUUCUGUCUCAACACAGCAAAAACAGUUUGAAAAGCAAAACAAAGAGUUUGAAAAGGAGAGAGACAGCCUGAGACUAGAGGUGUUUAGACUAAACAAUUUGAGUGAGGAGUCGAAGCAGCAGGGCUCAGAGCUGUCAGAGCAGAUAAAGCUGAGAACACAGGAGAAUGGAGCAAUGAGGCUGGAGUUGGAAGAUCUUCGCAAGAGACUCGAGAUAGCUGACCUCAUGUUGCAACAGUGCUCCAGCCAGUCAGAUCCCUCUAAUGCCACCCAGCAGGUCCAGUUACUGCUGGGAGAGAAGCAGCAGCUGGAGGCACACAAUCACCAGCUGAUGGAGUCAAUAUCCCAGCUGCAGACGGAGAGAGACUGCUAUGCAGAGCAGAUCCAGGAGGAGGGCCGUGUAUGGAAGGACAAAACAGAACAGCUGCUAACACAGGUUUCUUUGGUAGCAGAGGAGAGGGACAGAAACAUCAACCGAGUCCAAGACCUGGAAGCCAGCAUCACAGAGCUGCAACAUGCUGCAGCGUUGUUGUCCCAGGAGAGAGAGGCUCAGGAUAAUGCGGAGCCUCAGUCCUCGGGGCCCUCAGAGAGCGAGGUGGCUCUGCAGGAGGCCCUCAACGCUCUGCAUCAGGAGAAACACGCUCUCACUGCACAGUACCAGGCACAGCUGCGAGAUAACGAGCAGCUGAGCCGCAUGUGUACAGAGCAGGAGACGCGUCUGGGAGAGCUGGAGCGGCAGUUAGAGAGCCAGGUCCAGGAGGACGGGGACCGCCGACGCAUGUUAGAGGAUGUUCAGUCAGAUAAGGCCACCAUUAGCCGAGCUCUCACUCAGAACCGAACGCUGAAGGACCAGCUGGCUGAGCUACAGAACGGAUUUGUCAAACUGACCAAUGAGAACAUGGAGCUGACCGAUGCCAUCCAGACAGAGCAACAUGUGAAGAAGGAGCUGGCUCGCAGGAUGGGUGAACUGCAAGAGGAACUGCACAACUUCAAGGAGCAGCUGGAACUGAAGAGUCAGGACACUCAGGGUCUGAUGGAGCAGAGGGACCAGGUGGCCGCCCAGCUGCAGCAGUACUGUGCCGGCUACCAGACCCUGGUCUCAGAGAGGGAACAGAUCCACCACCAGUACCUGAAGCAGAUCCAGCUCAUGGACCGGCUGCAGCACGAUGAGAGCCAGGGCCGCAUGCACCUGGAGAUCAGUCAGAAUCAGCUCAAGCAAGCGCAGGAUUAUUUGGAUCUCUUGGUCAAAGACAACGAGCAUCUGAAGACGGAGGUGAAGGAUCUGCUCAACAGUUCAGCGCUUGGCUCGGCCAGAGACCAAGGAGAUGGAGUGGAGAGCCAGUCCAUGCAAGAGAGCCCAGAGCAGUCCACCUCCAUAGUCAUCCCAGAAGACUUUGAGAGCAAGAAAGACAUGGAGGAGUUUAUCCGUGGAGCUUUGACUCGGGUUGAGGCGGAGAGGGACGAGGCCAGAAGGCAACUGGAGGAGGAGCACAGGCACCACAUGGCGGCCAGGCACCAGGCCUCUAUGGCCCUCAGCCUGGAGCAGCAGCACCACAGCCACACAGAUGUUCACGACCAUGACCAUCACCAUGAGCAUGACCACGAGCAUCACCAUGAUCAUGACCACGACCAUGAUCACCACCAGGACCAUGAUCAUGACCAUCCCCAUGACCACGACCAUCACCAUGAACAUGACCAUCACCAUGAGCACGAUCCCUCUCAGGACCCACACAGUCACUGUGAACACGGCCAUGAGCAUUCAGAAGGAGGAGUGCCGGUGGAAGUUCAUCAGGCUCUGCAAGCUGCCAUGGAGAAGCUUCAGCAGCGCUUCACGUCCCUCAUCAGAGAGAAGGCCGACUUGAAGGACAGGGUGGAGGAGCUGGAGCACCGCUGCAUCCAGCUGUCUGGAGAGACUGACACUAUCGGAGAGUACAUAGCUCUGUACCAGAGUCAGCGGGCCAUCAUGAAGCAGAAGCACCAGGAGAAGGAGCACUACAUCAGCAUGCUGGCCCAGGACAAGGAGGAGAUGAAGGCGAAGCUGGCAGAGCUGCAGGGCCUGGUGAUGAGGCUGGUGUCUGAGAGGAACGACUGGUACAGCCGCUACACCGCAGCUGUGGCAGGGGCGGGCUCAGUGAACCCCGACCUGCUUCCUGUUGGGGAGGACCUCACACACCAAGAGCACCAAGCACAUUCUCACACACAUCUUAAUGCUGACAGCGGAGCAGAAGCCAUGGAGGUCAUCCCUCUGUCGGAGCCCACCCCCGGCCUGGAAUCCCCCUCGUCACAGGCCCAGUCGAGUGGGACGUCCCAGACUGACUCCAAGUCCCUGGGGCCCAAAGAGGACGGCACAGCCCAGCAGAUCAUGCAGCUGCUCCAAGAGAUCCAGAACCCCCAGGGAGUGCUCGGAUCACCCCCCUUCCUCGGGGAGAACCCCUGCAUCCCCUUCUUCUACCGGCCUGACGAGCAGGACGAAGUCAAGAUCCUGGUGGUGUGAGGUGUGUGUGCGUGAGACAGAGGUUGAUGUGUGUGUGUGUGCGUGUGUAUGAGAUAUUGGACAUGUCUUGAAAUCUGGGGAUUAUUGAACACCACAGUUUGUCAUAUAUUCACAAACACUCCUGAAGAAAUAUGGCACCCUGCAACACUGGUCCCAGAAUGUGUUUGACCCGGUUACAUUAAAAACACCCCCUCCCAGUUCUGUGUGGUGGCACUAAUGUGUGCAUGGUUAAAAAGAGAGUAUUAUCUAUAUGUUGUUUACUAUGUUGUCUUUUUUGUCUAUGAUGCUCUUCCCAGAGAGAUAACCAGUAUCUGAUUAUUCUCCAAACCACCAUUUCUAUUCACCAUCCCUCGUCUCCUAUUUUACACAUAAGUGCAAUAAAGGGGCCGUAUAUUGAGUUUCCUUUCUGAUACAGUACCUAAAGAGCUGUUCAAAAUAAGGAGCCUGUUCACUAUAGUGCAAAUAUCAGUUUUACAAAAGUUCAUUGGACAAAUGCCAAAAAAGAGCAUCACGUUUGAAUGUAAUAACCCGGAUAUUUACCCGUAUGUUUGUGUGAUGAGAGGAGAGCUGAUGAUGGUGGUGAAAGGGUGCACGAGGAGAUGCAGAGUGAGAUGUAAGUUAAAAGUCAAGUUAAGAGUGCACAUAAUAGCUUUUGAAUUGUUAGCGCUGUUAUGUAGUCAAGUCAAAAGGUUGCUAGUUACAUGAUGAGGUUCAGAAAAGAUGGAUGCAGGUGUCGCAGAUCGGUACCUUUUCUCUACUUUAGCCUUUUUCCUCCAAACACUGAAAACCGUCUUCUGUCUGUACAGUUAGUAAUGUUAAUAUAUGUGAAAUGUUUGUGUUGUGAUGUCAAACAUCCUGUUCAACUGAGAGAAGGAGGGGAUAGAUGCAAUUUAAAGACCCCAUGAUAAAAGCAAAUCAAUUUAAGUCAAAGUUGUUAAGAAAUAAUUUAUAAUUCAGAACAAUUAUAAUGCUGCAGUUGCUGUGCUUUGGGCUGCUUUCCGCAUUGUCGUUUUUUCCCAGUUUUACUUUAUCUUUGUCAUUAGCAUGAUAGAGAUAAGGUGCAAUAACUCGACGGAUACAGGCAGUAUGGUAAAUUCUCUUUAUCUGCACUCAUAAUUCAUCUUUCUUCUUCAAAUGUCCAUAAUCUCAGACAUUUUGUUGUUCUCAUCAAAAAACGUCCACUCUUUAUUUAUUUAUUUUGUUCCCUUAUCAAAGCUGCUCAUCCCUAACCAUAAUUUCAUGGGGUCUUUAAGUUUCUAAACACAUUGACACUAUUGAUGAGAACCAGUUUUUUUCCAGUUACAUUUGCUUGUAGUUCCACAUAUCAUAUGAAUGCAAAUCCUUUACAACUGGACUGUGAGUGUGCGUGAUGCGUGUGUGUGUGAGAUCCAAGUUGCAUCUGUUGUACUUUUUUGUAGAGUUCUAUCAGUUUGUAUAACUAAGAUUGCACUAAAACUGUACAAAGCUUCUCAUUUGGCUCUGUCCUUUGUGGCUGGUUGGACAGUGGUAGAGCUUCAAAGCCUGUUUAAUAAAUUCUGUGGAGGAAACGUUGAAUCCUAUGAAGCCACACCAAAGCUGAGGGUUCCAGCUGAUGCAAAUGAUUGAAAGUGUGUGUGUGUGUGGGAUGUAUUGUAAAUAUGAACAGAAGGAGCAUGUGACAUUAUUCCCAAAGCUGUGGGACCAAUCAGAAUUUGUGAAAAUUAACAUCUCUUUCCGAAACUAGUCAAACGUGUUGUGCAACACUUGAGUGAAUUUUCUUUUGGGCAUUGGAAAUGCUUUUUUCUGAACUUAAGAUGUUGCAAGUGCCUAGCUUUACAUGAGAGAUGCUCUUGUUCAUAAAUGUAGAUUGGCGGAUGGAUUCAUUUGAUUUGAUUGACACUUCUUCACUGUAAAGCUCUUUCCCUUUGCUACUAAUAACUAAGAGUUAUCACGGCUUAAAAUAUCCAUUUAAGGACCAAAUCAUGGCAAAGGCCUCUGGUUUUUUAGAGCCUUUCCAUGGUUUGAAUAUGCAAGGACAUGUGGGUCUUACUGCAAGUCUUACUAAAAUCCCACUCACUACUUUUGGAGGUAUUUUAACCUUCUCAUUUGGAUGUUUUUGAAUUUUAAGAUCCCCUCUGAUGUGUUUUACUUUCAGGUAGAAGACACAUUUGUUCGGUUAUUGAAUUGCACACUUGAUAUUUAUCCCUGAAUGCAACAGGACAGAAAGUGUUAGUGCAAAUUGUGGUAUUUUUUGCCUAUUAUAGAACGAAAAAAGUCAUAUGUGGAGGCCAUAUGUACCUGGUGGUUUUUUACAGGCAAAGUAAACAUUGUUGCGUCUUCCCUAAACCACAGCACUUUGAUAGUACCAGGUGGUUUUGGGAUAAAUGUACUUAAUCAUUCUUGAUUUAAAAAUUCCUCGCUUCUUAGCAUUCUGUCACUUUUUGGUUUCCUUUGAAACAUGUCACAGUAUAUAUUUUUCCUUUAUUUUGUUUUUGGUCUGACCAAAAGGUAAAUAUACAAUAAAAAUCCUUUUAGUGUUUUUGCGGGGCUUAAUCAACUGGGAUACAAUUACUUUCUAAUUCACUGUUAAAUAUUUAAUGCGUGAUUGAAACAAAAAGCAAUGGGAAAGCAUUUAUUGUCUUUACUGUAAAAGAGGUGGUGUAAAUACUGUAACUGUAACAUAUUGUAUAUUCAUUAUGCCUGGUGUGUGGGGGAAGUGCUGCUCUGCCAUGUUCACUGGCAGUGCGGACAGUGUGUCUGAAGUUUGUCCAGAGUCGAGGUGUGGGCGGUUACUGACUGGCUGUGAUUUAAUACAAAGAUUGACUUAAGAAAAAUAUUCUAUUUAUUUGGAAUAAGUUAGUAUCUCAACUAAUCAGUUUUAAUGUAAAAUAGAAAUGGAUGGAAAUGAAGGAUCAUUCAGAGAACUGAUUUGUUCGAGGGCUGCUUCUGACAGAAGCUUUCUGAUUUUUUGUUUUGUUUCCCUUGAGUAAUAUUUUCUCUCCUUCUCCUGAAUAAAACUGAUUGAGCAACUUGAAAA